AUGGCCAUCAUGAUCACCGCACCACAGCGGAGGUUACUCGUUCUCCUUUCGACAUUCUUCUUCGUCUUUAGUGUUUUUUACUGCUGCUCUCGUCUUGCAGCCCUAACGGUCGGACCUAAACAAGUCGAAGAAGUAGACCCAGUUCCCCAAGUCGAAUUGCUGAGGGCCGACAAUCCCAUGUCCUACGGCAUGUAUAACAGACCGAGCUAUGAUGGCAUCGACCUCAUCAGGAACUUACCCAGCAAAUAUGUCCCGACGGCGAAGAAUGGAAAACGAGUAGUUGUGAUCGGCGAUAUCCACGGCAUGCUCGACCCCUUCGAGAAAUUACUUAAGCAGAUUGAAUUCAACCCGCAAAAAGACCACCUUAUCGCCGCCGGUGACAUGAUAAACAAAGGCCCCAAGUCCUCUGAGGUUGUCGCCCGCCUCAUGGAGCUCAAAGCAAGCGCCGUGCGUGGGAACCACGAAGACCGCGUGAUUCUCGCAUGGCGCGGCCUCAGCGCACAGCAAGGUGUCGCAGCCUACCUCGAUUCCGAACAUGCCGCCAAGCACCGAGGCGAAGAGGAGGAUCUGAAGACAGCUCGAAGUCUGACCGAAUCGCAAAUGACAUGGCUGAAGAACCUUCCUGUCAUAAUAUCCGCCGAGACUAUGGCUCUUUACAUCGUACACGCUGGUCUCGUCCCAGGCGUUACUCUGCCCCAACAAGAUGCCUGGGCUGUCAUGAACAUGCGUACUCUGCGCUUCCCCCGCGAAGAAUUCCGUAAGAAGGAGAUUGAGAAGAAGCGCAAGCAGGCCGAGAAGCAGCGACAGAAAGAGUUGGAGAAAGCAAAGGAAGAAGCACAAGCCAAGAUCCAACAACGUGAUUUUAUCCCCGACGAAAAUACUCACGUCGCCCGCGCCGAGCCCAUUAACGCCGAUUCCGCUACUGCCGCAUCAUCGACCGACCUAUCCUCAGCAGGACGAACGAAUCCCGAUCGCGAUAUAUGGAUCCCCAUCAACGGUCACGAGGGCGAACCAUGGACCAAUGUAUGGAACAGCGAGCAGAAGAAGCUGCGCGGGCCCGACCGUCGUUCUGUCAUCUAUGGCCACAAUGCAAAGAUGGGCUACCAGGAGGAUUCAUACACAUUUGGUCUGGAUUCAGGUUGUGUCAAAGGCAAUGCUCUCACCGCGUUGGUUAUUCAAGCCAAAGAGGACGGGGGAUGGAAACACUCGACUCAUCAAGUCAUGUGUAAAAAGAGGUGGUGGUAG